UCCCAUAUAAUUGCCAUACCAGCUCGAACCGUUUCGCAAGUUGUCAAAUAUCGCGUACUCGUAUCAUUAACGUGUAAUCGUGUAAUACAAAUAUUUUAGCCUGAGAGGAUUUAAUAUUAAUAGACAAGUGAUAAGGACUAAAGGACAGCAUGAAAUUAGAAACGAAAAAUGAGCCACCGCAGUAUUUAAAUGAGCAAUUCUUCAAAACCGCCUUGGAGGAUGGGCUGCGUGAUAUGCGUGUCGAUAUAAAGAAAAUCAUAUUCGCCGAAUCGAAUGGUGGCGGUGAGAAUUAUUGCAGUAAAAUAUAUCGUGCCAAAGCUUUGUAUCGGAGUAGCAAACGUCAGUUGGAUGAAGAAUUGGCGUUGAUUGUGAAGAGUAUUGCUAUAACACCGGCCACACAGUUUCUAGAGGAAUUAGCGGUAUAUUUGCGUGAGAAAAUUUUCUAUUUUGACGUGCUCGGACGAUUGGAAGUAUUAAUUGGCGAUGGUGCAAAAUUUGGGCCAAGAUGUUUCUACACCACUCGGGAGCCCAUACAAACAAUAGUAUUCGACGACCUCACGCAGUAUGGCUAUAAAUUGGCUAGUCGCCAAAAUGGGCUCGACGAGGAACAUUGUGUGGUUAUAUUGCAAAAAUUGGGCAAAUUUCAUGCGACUUCUAUGGUUUUAAUGGAGAAGGACCCCAGCGUACGUGAACAUUUCACCACCGGCAUGCUGGACGAACACUAUAUACGGACCAAUGAGCGUUUCAUCCACUUCAUGUCACUGCAAUUACGCACGCUCGCCGAAGUUGUAUCCAAGUGGUCAGGCUAUGAGGCGAUAGCUGUGAAAUUACAUCGUCACUGCGAUAAUAUUAAAGAGAACCUCGUGAUAACCGGACAACCGAAACCUGGUGAAAUAACUGUGCUAAAUCAUGGCGAUUUGUGGGUGAACAAUUUCAUGUACAAAUAUGAUGAGAAGGAUGCAACUAAGCCCAUAGAUGCAAUCUUCCUCGAUUUCCAGAACAGCUUUUUUGGCAGUCCCGGUUGCGACAUUAACUUCUUUCUGAACAGCAGCGUUCAGCUGGAUGUGUUGGUUAAUCGUCGCGACUUCCUCGUACGUACCUACUAUGAAGCGUUGCGAAGCUCGCUGGAACACAUGCACUACGAACACAUACCGACGCUGCACGACAUCGAAAUGGAGAUCCGCGCACGCGAAUUGUAUGGCUUUUUCUCGUCGUAUGCCUUCUUGCCAAUGGUGGCGAUGCGCAAAGAGGACUCUUACGAUAACAGUAUUGAGGCUUUGAGUAAUCAGGAAUUUGCACGCAAAAAAGUACAACAAAUGUUCUCCUCAAAUCCAAGGACCACAGAUACAUUACGUUAUGCCGUCAAACGUUUCGAUGAUUUGGGUAUAUUCGAUUGAGGCGGAAUUUUAAACAUAGGGUUAUAAAACGUGAGGGGUUUGGUAAAGCUCUUGGUUUCAUUUCAUAUUCGGGUUGUUUUCAUUAUUUUACAUUAAUUAUCUGUAUUGUUUAGUUGUAGUCUACAAUGUAAUGCAAUAUUUAAUAGUUUAAAGAGGAAAUAUAUUAUACAAUAGAUA